AUGAGACCGGCUGAGACCGCCUCCGCCGCCACCAAUGCCUUUGCUGCCGCUGGCGCUGCAGCUGGCGCUGCCGACCGGGCUGGUCCCGUGGUCGACGCGUCGGCUGGCGUUACCACCCAGUCGAGGAAGAGGAGGAGAGAGGAGGAGGAGGAAGACGAGGAGGAGGAUGAGGGGGAGGGUGAGGGUCACCCUAGGCGCUCUUCGCGUCCAUCUCGUCCCCGUCGUGUGCGGCCUGACGGACUCAUCCCCCGUCAGGUUACAUGCUUCGGGUGUGCGAGGGCGUUUUUGGCCGGAACUGCGACCGGCCAUUGCGCGGAUCAGCCGGGCGCGCGCUCCCGUGCUCGCGGGGCGCGUCCUCCGCGCUGCUGGAACUGCCGGGGCGGGCAUACCUGCCUCCCUCUCCCAGCUGGGGGACCCCUUGAGCGCGCCACGGGUGAGCUGGGUGUUACGAUCAAGGUAUCGGGUAACCUGUUCUUAGGGUAAAGUACAGUGGGUUGAAGCAACUGAGCGUCUGGCUGGGUAAUUGGGGUUCUCAAUGACUGGGGGUGAAGUUAUGAUCGUUCUCAAGUAAGUAUUGAGGUUAACUAGAGUUUGAUUGCUGCUAAGCAAUCCUAGAAUCGAAUCUAUCUACAUGGUAAUGAGCGUGCCUUAUAUAGACUAUGUUCCGAAUGUGAUCUCUCUUGAUCUGUUUGAUCUGUGAUUCUCAACUGAGAUUCUACAGAUCAUAGAGAUCCAUUCCCUUGGCCGUCACGUGAGGUCACGUGAGAUCUCGUGGCCUUGUCCUUAGGUAAUCGUUGUUCUGCCGGUCGGUAUCUCUUUUGGGCGAGUGUCGUCAGGAGGGGUGUGACCCCACCUGGCCUCUCUGGUACCGGCCCAACUGUCUGGUCGUAACACUGGG